UCAGAGGUUGACUUUGCACACUUCGAAUCUGCUUGGGACCAUGGAAACCGCGCUUCACUUAGAUUAUUCCCUGACAUACUUACAUAGCUUCAGCUUCGUCUUGAACCUGAGACUCGCUCUUGUCUUUACAGCGACUUGGCUAGCAGUUUGGGUGUUACAGGAUCAGCUGGGCAUUGGUGGCCGAGUCUCUCGUUCAGUUAACUUACCCCCAGGCCCAUGGGGCUGGCCUGUGCUGGGUAUCCUACCGUCUCUUGGUGUCACUGCUCCCCACCAGCGGUUAGCGGAGUUCGCUACCAAGUAUGGCGGUGUAUUCACCUGUUACUUCGGCGGACAUAGGGUGGUGGUGUUGGGAAACUAUGACUGCAUUGUUCAGGCGCUUGGCAAGUCUGGGGAUGUGUUCAGUGACCGACCAAGACUGACCAUGUUCACUGAGGUGGGCGGAGGAAGAGGAGUGGCAGGUGCAUACUUUGGCAAGCAAUGGAAGGAGCAGAGGGCCUGGACCUUCAACAUUCUUCGUGGUUUGGGACUCGGUAAGGACAACUUUGAGUCCAACAUUACUGAGGAGGUGGGUCAUCUGUGUGAUCGUGUGAACGCCUAUCAGAGCGAAGCAUUUGACCCAUGUCUUUCUCUGAACACAGCUGUAUCGAACAUCAUUUGCUCUAUUGUGUACGGCACACGCUUUGAUUACGACAACACCACAUUUAAGCGGUUGCUGACCCUUCUUCAGGAGAACUUUGAGCUGGUCGGACUGGCUGGAGUGGUCAACUUCUUCCCGGUCCUCAAGCACAUUCCUCUGUGCGGCUUUGGUAAGUUCCUCGCCAACGUCCGGGAGCUCAACUCCUGUCUGUUCUCUAAGUCCAUCAGUGACCAUCGGCUGACUUUCGACCAAGGUAGAAUCCGGGAUUUCAUCGAUGCCUACCUGAACGAGAUGUGUGGGCGCGAUAGUGGUGAGAACGAGGUGGGGUCAUCCUCGUUUACCGAGGAGAACUUGACCUGGGUCAUCGGUGAUCUGUUUGCUGUAGGCACUGAGACCACCGCCCUAACAUUGCGCUGGGCCUUGCUGUAUAUGGUGACACACACUAACGUCCAACAGAAAGUACAGCAGGAAUUAGAUGAGGUAGUCGGGCGUACCCGUUUGCCAUCCCUGGAGGAGCGACCCCGUCUUAACUACACCCAUGCUGUUAUAAACGAGAUACAACGUGUCAGAUACAUAGCUGCAAUAACUGUGCCACGGGCGACGACUGAGGACACCAAGCUGAAUGGCUAUGACAUACCGAAAGGGACCACUAUCAUGCCUGUCAUGUGGGCAGUCAUGCACGAUCCGAAGGUCUGGCCACACCCUGAUGAGUUCCAGCCUGAGCGAUUCUUGGACGAUAGAGGGCAGUAUCACAAACCAGAACAUUUCUUGCCUUAUGGUACAGGUCGUCGCAUGUGUCCUGGUGAGCGAUUGGCUCGAAUGGAACUCUUCCUGUUCUUCACCCACCUUCUUCAUCGGUUUAGCUUCAGUCUACCGUUGGGGGCGCCACAGCCAUCUCUGAGUGGACGAAUGGGGAUAACGCUGGCGCCUCAGCCCUACCACCUAGUUGCUCGCAGCAGGCCACUGAAAGAGUCUGGGUGACCAACUUGUACAUAGCUUGACGUCUUGGUCGCAUAUUCUUUUGAAACCCACUGUGUUGUAUAUAGAUACAAGGGCUCUGAAAGCGGCUAAUCUUUCCCCCAAACAUUUGUUUAACAAACACCAGUUUAUUGAACAACCAUGGACGCUGAAGUGCUGACCUCUCAUCACUGGUCUGAAAUAAUAAUAUGACACACAAUUCAUCCGAUCAGAGCUCCAGGAAAGUGACCAUCACGCCCUCAUUGGAGUUAGUCGGUGCAAACUCGAGCUGUUUCUUUGCCAUUCUAUCCAUGCUGAAUGAUACUACUCUUUGCACUUUAAAUAUUUUGUAGAUUGUGCUCGAAACUACUUCGACCAAAAGAAGUCUGCAUGGCUUAAUAAGCGCUAUCUGUCGAAAUACUUCAGCACAUUUCAUGAAAGGUUCUUCCAACAAGAAUCAUCGAAAAUCGUCUAGAAAUUGCGCAUGCAUACUAGGGUAUCGUGAUAAUUUCAAAAAGUUUGAUUUCUUCAGAUUUGAAUAGACAAAAAUUAUGUUUUGGCAAUAUUUAAGACCUACCAUGUAGGAAAAAUAUCACAAAUUGGUCUGGUUAACCUAAAAUGGAUUGAAGUUUUUCAUUACAAAUUUAAGUCAUGCUUUUUUGUUAGUUACAUUUAAAUCGUAGAUUCCUUUCCUGAGGAUUUUUUUCUUGUGUGCCUUUUACCUUGUCCGAGACGUCUCUGUGACGUCCUAUUGUUCUGGUAUCCCACAAGACUCCAUAAACACGCUGCGCAGUUGGAAGGAAUUCAGGCACAAAAGGCCGCUCGCGUACUUAAACAUUAGGGUGCGAAACGCUGUUUUUAAAAUGCUCCCAUAUGAAUCAGAGUUACUUUCCUACGUUGAAAUUCCAACCGAAUGUCCCACAAUAUAAACAAUUCAAUUGUCGUGCAUUGUUGUGGAGGCUUUUACACCUUAAGAGUCUCCACAGACAUGCAAACAAAACACCGUCUCCACAAGAAUACAAAUUCGUGUUUGUUUGUUCGUGUUCAGCAUGAAUCAGCAACCUUUGAUAGUCACAUACUGACUAUGCUAUCAUAAACGAUGUUUAGACACUUUCAAUUGUAAGACAAGCCCAACGCCCAGAUCCAGGCAAGAAUUCCUUUUAUAUCCAGCUUCGUAGAAACAGACAACAUGUGCACCCAGUUUUCAUUAACGAUUCUUGUGAUUGAUUUUACAUUUUAAUUACCCAGGACUAAUCUAGAGACCCAUGCUGCAUGAAAACGAAUCGAAAAAAGGCAAACAUUUGUGUAUGCAUAUAGUGUAUACUUCUUAAGUUCAAGCAGUGAUGUCUUGUUUUGAGGAGGGCUGAUGUGGUAUUGAUGUAUUAUCAAUGUUAGGAUGUUGGGUGUAUCCAAGUUUAUGGCUGUGGUAUGGAUCAUCUGCCAUGAGUGGGAGGUUACAAAGACGUAGCUGUGCACUCCAGCAGUACGUUGAAGUUACUAAAGCAUCAAUUCUCACUAUCGGGUUCUCACGUUCUGUGUCUUUUUAAUUAAUUGUCUGAAGCAAAAUGUAGAUAUCUAGGAAGAGGUUUCUUCAGGCAGUCAUUGUUGCUGACUUUGAAGAUCAUCUUACACUUUUAAAAUUACGUCCUUGUGCCAGUUGUUAGCACGAAGAAUUGUACCUUUAUGCUUACCCUGGAGAGACAUAAAUCUUCACAACUAGUCUUGAAUAUGUACGUCCCUUCAGGGCCACCAUACACCUUCGUGUAUGUUCCAGCGCAGCAACCUCCAAAUAUUGCUCUUGUACGACUAGCUUCUACUGUGAUCAACCACUAGUCUACAAGUUGUGUGGUACGCUGUAUUGUAAUUUCAACAGGCAAAGGAACUAGUGACAGGUAAUGAAUCUCCAGACACAUCUUAAGGACAAAGGAAAGCAAGAGGUGAGGAAGGUAGUGCUUUUUAUGCCCACCAAGCAAACUUGCUGCUACCUGUGUCGUCUUAAACUAAGAUUUGAGAAGAAGAGAAAAUCUAGUUCAUUUAGAAACCCUAGCACAAGAUAGAGAAAGAGAAAAUAGUCCAGUUACUAUAUCUUGGAAUGCAAUGAUGAUAAUGUGAUGAGAGAUACGGACGAUCUGUAGGACCGUUUUAUGCACCCAUGUUUCGUUUUCAUUCAGUCCAUUAGUAUCAGCCCUAAUUAAUAACUCGGUGAUUGGAUGAACGUAAUCGCUCAGAGCAAGUAUGAGUCAAAACUUUACACAAGCAAAAUUCUGCACACCUUUACUCAUGAACUUGUGUCGCGUCACGCCUGGUCAGUGGAGUGUGGAGGAAAAGGCCAGUCAUGCAGUGUGCGAAGUGGAUCAGUGUGACAGAUUUCUUAGAUAUAAAGAGACUAGCAUCAAGAUAACAGAUUAAACCAUGUUACUCACGUCGGGACUUUAAGUAUGGUGUACUAUUUACGACAAAGAGUUCUGUCUCUGUCUAGCCUCUUCCGAGGCAACGGAACUGCA